CAGUGAUUCAGUGUAUAAGUUAGGAUUGUUUUAUAGCUUGAUUUGCACAACUAAAGAGUGUAAUUGUCUAACAUUCAACACUAUCCAUCCUGCUAAUGUGACUAGCAGUCCACCAUGGACUUCUAAUACUUGUAAUGUAAUACAGAGUAUGUCGUUAGAAUGCUAUUGAUUAAAGUUGCUUUUAUUUUUUUCAGACAACAGGAGAAGAAGCCAUUUUCCACCGAGUGAUGGGUCCACGUCGUCAUUCUUUUGCUAAAAUACGCAGCUUGAAUCCAAUAAAAGAAGCAGAGGAGCCUAAAACAUUCUCUACUUUUAGGGAGCGGCUUCGCCAUUUACAGAGAACAAAAAACGAUCGAGUUUGCUUUGGCCAUUCUGGGAUACACAGAUGGGGUCUUUUUGCCCGCCGAAGCAUCCCAGAAGGAGAGAUGGUUCUUGAGUAUCGUGGUGAGCAGGUCAGGCGAAGUAUUGCUGAUCUGAGGGAGACAAAAUAUCGAAUUGAGGGGAAAGACUGCUAUCUUUUUAAGAUAAGUGAAGAGGUUGUGGUAGAUGCCACUGAUAAGGGGAACAUUGCACGCUUGAUAAACCAUUCAUGCAUGCCAAACUGCUAUGCAAGGAUUAUGAGUGUUUGUGAUGAUGAAAGCCGGAUUGUAUAAAUCGCAAAGACGAAUGUGUCUGCUCGUGAUGAGCUAACGUAUGAUUACUUGUUUGAUCCUGAUGAAUGUGAUGAGUUCAGAGUUCCUUGCCGCUGUAAAGCUCCAAAUUGCAGAAAGUUCAUGAAUUAGCUUAACAUGGUUUCGUUUCUUCUUUCAUUUUCUCCUCGAGAAGGAGCUCUAACCGUCUUCAUUGGCUCCCUCACGUCAUCAUAGUAACAUACCAGUACAUCAUUCUCUAAUAAUUAAUCUCUUUAUUUAUUUAUUUUUUUGUCAUUUUUAGGUAGGUGGAGGGGGGAGGCUUGGUUGUUAAUAUUAUUCUCUUUUUGCGUUCUUUUUUUCGGGGCUUAUUCAAUUAUUAUAGGCUAAAAAGUUUGGUGGACGCAUUUUGUAUAGAUCGGUUGUUUAUUGUGACUGAAUGCUAAUGUGAUUAGUUUUCACUUACAGAGAGAAUAUAGUGGCGGAAAAAAAGGCUUUGCUUGAU